AUGGGCGAGAUACCACGAACGACCACCAAAACCUAUGUUGUUGAGCAUCUGGAUCCGGAGUUAGGCCCAUGGUCUGCUCUCGAGUACGGAUCUAUCGCAAAGGAAUCCUGCGCAGCAGGCGCUAAAUUCAUGCUCACCUCCGUUCCAGAGUCGCUGCAAUUGCCGCCUGAACUGGCUGCUUUGGACAGCUUACAUGUGGAGCACCGAGGUGUCGAAGAGAUUUUUUCCAGUCAGAAGCCCAGGGUCUGCUUACUAGAUCCAGCCGCUACAUCAGAAUUAUCCCCGGCGGAUGGAGAUGCGUUCGAUAUCUUUCUUUAUGGGGGCAUCCUUGAUAGGACAUCAGAAUUGCGCAAGAAGGGUUAUGCGGGUAGAAGACUAGGGCCUAAGCAGAUGACAACCGAUACUGCAGUCAGGGUAACUCGCAUGGUCGUCGAGGACAAAGCUCCUCUGGACCAGAUUGAAUGGGUAGAUUAUCCGGAGUUACGACUCGACAAGCACGAAACUACGGAAAUGCCAUUUAGAUAUGUGAAAGGUCGAGAAGGGGAGCCCGUGAUGCCCGAGGGGAUGAUUGAGCUCAUUAAAAAGGAUGCGGAUAAAGGGCUAGAGGAUUUGCUAUGA